GGGCCGGGGGCGGGGACGCCGGGGUCCGGAGGAGCCGAGAGGAGCGGAGGACGCGAGAAGGAGAAGAGGCGAGCGAGCUGAGCGGGGAGCGAGGAGCCAGAGCCCGAAAGGGAGCCGGAGCCCAAGCCCAAACCCGAGCCCAAGCGGGAGCCGCCCCCUCCAGUGCGAUGCCCCGAAGGGGCUAGGGCGCCGGGCGCCGGAACCUAGAGCCGAGCGGGGCUGCCCCGGGGGGAGGGGGAGGCGGCGGAGCCCGAGCCGGAGGAGCCGGAGCAGCUGCAGGAGCAGUAGGCAGCGGCUGCAGGGCCGGGGCAGCGGCCGGAGCGAGAGCCCCAUGCCCCGGGCGGGCUGAGGGAUCCGAAAUCCAUAGUGGAACCUCGGAACCCGGACAGGUCCCGCUAGAGCGACAUGAUGGUGGAAUCCGCUUCGGAGACAAUCAGGUCGGCCCCGUCCGGUCAGAACGGAGUCAGCAGUCUCUCCAGCCAGAGCGACGGUGGCGGUGGUGGCGCUGGAGCCGCAGGAACUGUGACAGGAGCAGGAGGCGGAGGAGGAGCGGGGAGGGAUGGAGGAGCCGGCGGGGAGAGCAACGGCGAGAUGAGCCCUGUGGAGCUCUUGCACUUUCAGCAGCAACAGGCUCUCCAAGUAGCCCGGCAGUUCCUGCUACAGCAAGCCUCAGGCCUGAGCUCUCCUGGGAACAAUGACAACAAGCAGUCGGCAGUACAGGUGCCGGUGUCUGUGGCCAUGAUGUCUCCACAGAUGAUUACUCCCCAGCAGAUGCAGCAAAUUCUGUCACCUCCUCAGCUUCAGGCCCUGCUGCAACAGCAACAGGCCAUCAUGCUUCAACAGUUACAGGAAUAUUACAAGAAACAACAAGAGCAGCUUCAUUUACAGCUCCUUACCCAGCAGCAAGCUGGGAAACAGCAACCCAAAGAGGCACUUGGGAACAAGCAGCUGGCCUUCCAGCAACAGCUUCUCCAGAUGCAGCAGCUGCAACAGCAGCACCUGCUGAACCUGCAGAGACAGGGUCUGGUCAGUCUGCAACCCAGCCAGGCAACAGGACCCCUCCAAACUCUCCCACAAGCCGUGUGCCCAUCUGACCUGCCCCAGCUGUGGAAGGGCGAUGGUGCAGCUGCCCAGCCGGCUGAAGACAGCGUGAAACAGGAGGGGCUGGACCUCACCACAGCAGCAGCCACCGCUACCUCGUUUGCUCCCCCUAAGGUCUCACCCCCCCUCUCCCACCACACCCUACCCAAUGGGCAACCCACUGUGCUCACACCUCGACGAGACAGCUCCUCACACGAGGAUACCCCUGGCUCCCAUCCCCUCUACGGUCAUGGGGAGUGCAAGUGGCCAGGCUGUGAGACCCUUUGUGAAGACCUGGGGCAGUUUGUCAAACACCUCAACACAGAACAUGCACUUGACGACAGAAGCACAGCUCAGUGCCGGGUCCAGAUGCAGGUUGUCCAGCAGCUGGAGAUACAGCUAGCCAAGGAGAGCGAGCGACUACAGGCGAUGAUGGCCCAUCUGCACAUGAGGCCUUCAGAGCCCAAGCCCUUUAGCCAGCCGCUGAACCUGGUGUCAGGCUCCUCACUCUCCAAGGUGACUGUCUCAGCAGCUGAUUCAUUCCCGGACGGCCUCGCCCACCCCCCCACCUCAGCUGCCGCCCCCGUUACUCCCUUACGUCCCCCUGGCCUCAGCUCUGCUACUCUGCACAGUGGGGGCCCUGCCCGCAGGAGGAGUAGUGACAAGUUCUGCACCCCCAUCUCCUCCGAACUGGCCCAAAAUCACGAGUUCUACAAGAAUGCAGAUGUCCGACCUCCCUUUACCUAUGCGUCCCUCAUCCGACAGGCCAUCCUGGAGACCCCUGAUAGGCAGCUUACUCUGAAUGAAAUCUACAACUGGUUCACCAGGAUGUUCGCCUAUUUCCGGAGGAAUACAGCCACCUGGAAGAAUGCUGUCCGACACAACCUGAGCCUACACAAGUGUUUUGUACGAGUAGAGAACGUCAAGGGCGCCGUGUGGACGGUGGAUGAGCAUGAGUACCAAAAGCGGAGACCGCCAAAGAUGACAGGGAGCCCAACUCUGGUGAAGAACAUGAUCUCGGGCCUCAGUUACGGAGCACUUAACGCCAGCUAUCAGGCCGCCCUGGCCGAGAGCAGCUUUCCCCUCCUCAACAGCCCAGGCAUGCUGAACCCCGGCUCCACCAGCAGCCUCCUGCACCUCGGACACGAGGACGUGAGCAGUACUGUAGAGCCCCUCACCAGCAACGGUAGCAUCAGCCCCCCGCGCCUCUCCCCACCCCAGUACAGUCACCAGGUACAGGUGAAGGAAGAGCCAGCUGAAGCAGAGGAGGACGGUCGGCCUGGGCCCACCCUGGGCCCCACCAACCCCAACACUGGGGCUCCCCCAGAAGACAGGGACCCUGAAGAGGAUCUGCCUGGGGAGGAACUGUCGUAAAGGCCUCUGGGGGAGGGGCAAGCAGGAACGAAGGGGUGAACAUCUCUCCUUCCCCCCUCAGGAGACCCCUCCUCAGGCUCUCACCUUCCCCUCCACUCUACAGUCCCCUCCACCCCACCUCAAGGCACUUCCAGGACAGCAGAUUGGGGUGAGGGCUUCUAUGCCGUCCCACCUGUGACUCUGGACAGACUCUCCCUGGCAGAGAUGGCCCCUGCCCCCUCCUUUGACCUUUGCUUCUUGCCCCAAGACCAGUGACCGGUGGUUUGGAACUGGUGGAAGAGCCAGGAGAGUGUGGACCCCCAGUCCCCGACUUCAGUGUGUGUCCAAGUCCCCCUCCCCUCCGCCUCCUCCCAUCCAUUCUGUCACCAUGACCACCACCAGCAGGACUCUCCCGCCACCUUUGCUUUCUGCCCCCCUCCAACACUGAGACCCGCAGGCGGGGCUAACAAACCCCCCCAUUCCCACCAAGAGCAUCUGUCCCCUUCUUCCCCCGCCCCAACUUUGACCUCGCACCCUCUUCUCCAAGAAGCCCGGGACAAGGCACCUUGUCACAGGGUCAGAGCUAGAAGGGCCGGAUGUGAUUUAGUUUUACCCCCUCAUUUGGCAGAUGAGGAAACUGAGGCCCAAGAAGAGGGGAGUCAGAAUUUGAACCCAGGUCUUGUGAUUUCAAGUCUGGCCCAUGCUUCCCGUACUAGACGAGGCUCGCUUCUUCCAUACUGUGAAUGACCGACAUCGGCCGUGGGGAAAGGGGAGCCUGGAGCAUCUCAGACUCUACCUCCGCCGCCCCGGGACAAACCAGUUCUCCCCUCUCGGCGACCUCAGGGGUGCCCGCGGGGGCGUCGGCCCGGGCUCUGGCCCUGAAAGCGCUUCAGGAAGACUAUUGAUGGAAACCCCUGCAAGGGGAUGCGCUGCCUCCCUCACACCAUCCCCGCGCCUCUGUAUAACUAGAGACCCGACCUGCCACCUCGAGUCAGACAGGGCCCGGCCCGAUCUCGCCUGCCCCCCACCUCUCUGCCUCCUUAGGGAAGGGGCGGUACAAGGGGCUGGACGGAGAGAUAUGGGAAUAGAUGUGCCCUCGGGGAGAGGGGGAGGCGGGAAAGUGUCCCCAAGACUGGCAUUCAUGCACCCCUGGAACUGAGGGGCCUGGUCCCCACUUGUGGAGGGGAAAGUCCCCUGGCCUCCACUAGGUGUCCCCACGGAGCCCGCUGCUGUGGCUGGCGAGGGAGGGAGGGAGUGCGCCCCUCGGCCUCCACUGGCAUCAAAAGGAGGCUUGUGUUGGUGGGUCAGGCCUGGGGGUGGGGCAGAGGAGCAGGCCGGCUGCCAAGGCCGGAGGAAUGGGCUACCUCUUCCAAAGCUCUCCCUCCUAGUCCCCCUCCCACCCUCUGAGCCCCUCCAUUUCACAGCCCUCUCAACUCCCUCUCCCUUUCUUUCCCCAGUUAAACAGAUGACCAAAGACCUUUCUUAUGCCAGAAGCAGAAACCAAAACUUUUUGUUUGCUUUUUUUUCCUUUGUCACCCCUUGCCCUCCAUUCCUUAUCUGACCUUCCCCCCUCACCCCAGGCUAGAAGCUAGAAUGGGGGGGGUCCCCUCCACUUAAGUUAUUGUUUUAAACCAAAGUUGACAGUGUCUGUUGGUGGCCAUGGCUUUCUUCCACACCUGCUCUUCAGCUGCCCACAGAAGCAGCCUGGGGACAGGUUUCCCUACACACCUCACUUCUGCUCUUGUUCCCUUCUCAUCACUCUGUCCCUCAGCUGUCCUUCCCCUUCCCGUGGGAGAGGGGGAAGAGGAGGAGGGACUUGGGAUCUGAGGGAAGGAAGGGCUCGAAUGGGAGAACUCCCUUAGGCCCCCUGAGACAAUUGUGGCUGUCCCCGAGGGCCUCUAGGGGCAGGGGACAGUUACAUGUUGCUAUUCCUGCUUUUCCCCUCCCCCCUCUCCAUCCCCAGUCAGUAUUUUGUCCCAGCCGGCCAGCCAACCAUUCUUCUUUCUCACCCUCCAGUGCCCGCCCCAGGCUGGUCCCUGGUGUGCCCAUCAUCAUGUUCCUCCCCCUGCUAGGGCUGCACACACAAAGGUGGAGGGCUGGGUUCUGAGGGUUUGCUGGGGGGAGAGCCGAGGCAGGGGGAGGGGCAGCCAGCGGUCAUUCCUUCCUCCCACUGAGGGGGGCUCCAGCUUCAGGUGAAGGGCAAGAUGUCUGAUUGCCGCGCCUGACACCCACCCUACCCCUAGAUUAGUCCCUCUAACAGGGACGGGACCAGGAAGGGGUUGGAGGUGGACUUGAAGAACUGUUGUCUAGCAAGUGCCCAGUUACCACACACAGACUGUGAUCCUCACAAGUCCCUAGUGGGACUUGGGUGGCAAAAGGUCCCUGGUGCCUGUUAACCGUGAUCCUCUCCCACUUUGUUCCUUGCCCUCUGACUUGUGCAGAAAUAUUAAAUGCCCUCUGCUCUUAGGCCCUCAGUGUGUGUCACCUAGUGGGGCGGGGAUGGGCCAAGUCAGGAGGACUGAGCAUGGAGCACAAAGCGUGGGAGUGGGCACUUCCUAGGAGUGGAUGAGUGUGCGUGUUUCUGUGCAUGUCUGGGAGUCUGUUUGAGCCCACUCAGUCGCGUAUGAAUGAGCAGGAACGUUGAUGUCCACCCGUGGGUUCCUAAAACCAGCGUGUGUGUUCAGGCCCCUUUGUAUGUCUGAUUUAGAACAUCAUUCACGAGGGAACAAUGGGAUGCAGUGGUUGGGAAGGCUAGUUUCCCACUAGCUUCUCUUUCCUUCCUACCAAGCUAGGUCUGGGGACAGCUCGACUGUUGGUGGGAGAAGCCGGAGUGCUGGAUAAUCACAGUGUUUGGGAUAGCCUUAGGUUCUGCUCGGGCUGUCGUCCUUUUCCCCUCUCCCUCCCACCCCUCGGCUGUCUGUCCCUCUGGGGAUCUGGCCCUGCUUCUCACUGCCACUUCCAUCUGUGGCUCCCUCAGCUCCUUGGUAUACUUGUGGGUUUUCCCUCACCCUCAGGAAGAGCUGAGGAUCACAAACACACACACACACACACACGCUAACAGGUCCAUCCUCUCCCACCCUUCCUUGCCACAUAGAUGACAUACGGCCCCUUAUUGCCUUCUUAUCCCAGCUCUAGACUCCUAUUUUUUCUCCACAUUUCUCUCAGACUCCCUCAUAGAAAAGACUUUAAAGUUUUCCCCAAAAGCUUUCUUUUGAACUCUCCCUCUUUGCUGCCUCCUCCCUAAAUCAGAUCCCUACCCCUGUUCCACGCCGGUUUGGAAUCCAAGUUUUUGUUGUUGUUUUUCUCAGGCUGCCUGGGAGUUGUCCAGGGAGUGGGGAAGGUGGGAGGUUAGCAAUUUGCAGGGUCUGUUUUCUUCACGGACUAUCCCUAGAGUCACCCAGACCAUUAGAUCAAAGGUCCAUUCCCUCCUUGUUGGAAACCAGAUCUCUUACAAGGGAAAGUGGUUCUGGAGGCUUGAGCCUAAGACAGGGCCAGCCAGCCCAUAUCCUUAUGGUGGUAUGUGUAUAUGUGCACUGCACAAUGUGUUAACGAUGUGUAUGUCUAUAUGGCACAUGCUUUUGUCUAUGGGCACAGACCAGUCUUGAUGUGGGACCAGCUGUUCUAGCUGUAGCCAGAAUGGGAUGUAGAGUCAGUGAACGCUUAGGUGAGCACUUACGGCCUCCCAAAAAGGGAAAAGGGGCUGGGGGACACUUACACCAAUGUCAUUCUCUGACUAGUCUUUCCCUGCCCCUCUCACCCUGGGUCCCCACAUCCACUCAUUCCUUACAGAUCUUGAGUUCUUCCCAUCCGUCCCUCUCCCUAAUUUCCCCAAGAUGGGAACCUGAUAGAUAAAAAGAAACCUGUUUACUUCUUAUACCUUAUACCUUCCUGUGAGAUUUAAUCACAGAGAACCCAAGUCUCAACUCAAACUUCUCACCACCCACAACCACCAUCAGAGUCUUCAAGAUACCCAACACUUUUUAGGCCCAGGAGCUCCUAGACCAGGGUCCUUCGGGGCUAGGGCUGAGGGAGGAAGGUCCUGGCGAGAGAGAGGGCCGGCUUUUAUUGGGGAGGGGGGGAGUACAGGAUUGGGUCCCAGCCCCUUUACCAUAGCCAAUCUCAAACGUUUAGUACUAACAAUAGACUGAAGAGCAGUGGACCCUGAGGAUUCCAACUCCUUAAUGUGUCAUCUCUUUUCUGUGGCCUCAUUCCUUCUCUAUUUCUGGCCUGAUUUCUGUCUCAUCUCUUUCCUUUUCCCUUCCCCCACUCCCCUUCUCUUUCUCUGUCUCUCUUAUUUCUGUGUCUCUCUCCCUCCAUACCUCUUGCCCAUCACAACCCCUACUGUCAGUUCAGCGUGUGUGUGUUUCUUUCUCUUGAUUUUUCUUAGCCCCUCUAUAUGUUGUUCUGUAUCUCCUCCACUCCUUUCCUCCAUCCUGCUGGACACAUGCUCAGAGCUGGGGUCCCCCUCUCUCCCUCUCCUCUAGUGGGGGCUACAGGGUGAGGGGGGUCAGAUGGGACAGACAGGGGAUUUCACAUCCUCCCCUCGGCCCAGGCCCAGUCCCAUCCUGUGCUGUAUAAAGGAAUAGCAUUGCUGUGUAUUCGUACUCCGCCUAACCUCCCUCCGCUCUGUGGCGGCAGACAGGCGGACCCUGUACAGUAGAACUAGCUGCAUGUAAUCUGUAUGGACAACAGCAUUAUAUAUAAUGCAAUAAAGUGAAUUACCUACAA